AUGCUUCAUACCAACAACACACAGUUCCACCCUUCCUCCUUCCUUCUAAUAGGGAUCCCAGGGCUGGAAGAUGUGCACAUCUGGAUUGGCUUCCCCUUCUUUGCAGUGUAUCUAAUAGCCCUCCUAGGGAACAUCACUAUCCUAUUUGUGAUACAGACUGAACACAGCCUCCACCAACCUAUGUUUUAUUUCUUGGCCAUGUUGGCCUGCACUGAUCUGGGCUUGUCCACAGCCACCAUCCCCAAGAUGCUAGGCAUUUUCUGGUUUAAUCUUGGAGAGAUUUUGUUUGGUGCCUGCAUCACACAGAUGUACACCAUCCAUAUAUGUACUGGUCUGGAGUCAGUGGUGCUAACAGUCAUGGCCAUAGAUCGCUAUAUUGCCAUCUGCAACCCUCUGAAAUAUAGCAUGAUCCUUACCAACAAGGUAAUAGCCAUUCUGGGUGUAGUCAUCAUAGUCAGGACUUUGGUGUUUGUGACUCCAUUCAUAUUUCUUAUCCUGAGAUUGCCUUUCUGUGGUGUCCGGAUUAUUCCCCAUACCUAUUGUGAACAUAUGGGCUUGGCAAAGUUAGCUUGUGCCAAUAUUAGAGUCAAUGUUAUAUAUGGCUUGAUUGCUUUCUCAGUGGGAUACAUUGACCUUUCUGUGAUUGGAUUUUCUUAUGUCCAAAUCCUCCGAGCAGUCUUCCAUCUCCCAUCCUGGGAUGCCCGGCUCAAGGCACUCAGCACAUGUGGUUCCCAUGUCUGUGUCAUGUUGGCCUUCUACCUGCCAGCCCUCUUUUCCUUCAUGACACACCGCUUUGGCCACAAUAUUCCUCAUUACAUCCACAUUCUUCUGGCCAAUCUCUAUGUGGUUGUUCCCCCUGCCCUUAACCCUGUUAUCUAUGGGGUCAGGACAAAACAGAUAAGAGAACGGGUACUUAGGAUGCUUAACCAUAAAAGCUAUUGA